AUGGCAGCAAACGACUAUUACAAUACCCGGCCGUCGCAGCCACAAUACUACAAUACAUACGACGACAACGACGACCUUCGCCAUCACGGGACUGCCACCCCAGCUUCCUCCGUAUACCCGCCCUCCUACACCACCGAUGCGCCACAUGCACAUCCGGACCGCCAGCCUACCGUUUCUCCCUUCCAGACUCCCUUUGAUGAUCACGUCUAUCCCACCGGCUCCCACUCUGCGGCCGACGCCAUGAGUAGCCAACAUAGUUUUGCCCAAGACACGAGGUACCACAGUCCUGCAGCGGGCGAAGUGUCUCCCGUUGGUGAUGACAUCCCGCUGCGACAGCAUCCCGAUGCCACCAAUAGCAGCAACAACAAGAUGGGUACCCCAGGUUAUGCCAUGGACUCAACCGACCACGUAUACGAUACCGCCGCCGAUGGCCGCUUGCCUCCCGCUGAACGAUCCGCCGGUAGAGGAAGGAUUCGCUUCGGCGAGUUGGGUAUGCUGGGUUCUGGCAAGAGGAGGAUUCCCAUAUUUGUCUAUCUGUUCUCCAUUGUCCAGAUUGGUGUCUUCAUUGGCGAGCUGGUCAAGGCGGCCCAAUUGACCGGCAGCCCGAUCCAAACGCAGCCAUCCUUCAACCCCAUGAUCGGGCCCUCGUCAUACGUCCUCAUCAAUAUGGGUUCGAGAUAUGUCAUUUGCAUGCACCGUGUGCAGAAUGUCACAAACUAUGAUGGCCAGGGCACCAUCAAUUGGCCAUGUCCCUGGAGUACAACGAAUGAUGCAGAUUCCUCUGACAACCAAUGUACACUCUCUCAACUUUGCGGCUUUGGAGGCGUUCCAAACCCACCCACUGCCAACGCUACAGUCCCCUUCAACGAGGCUCCCUAUCCGAACCAGUGGUGGCGCUUUAUUGUGCCCAUUUUCCUCCAUGCCGGCAUUGUGCACAUCGGAUUCAACCUGCUGCUGCAGCUGACCCUGGGCAAGGAAAUCGAACGCGCCAUAGGUUCAAUCCGCUUCUUUCUCGUUUACAUGAGCUCAGGCAUCUUUGGCUUUGUCAUGGGUGGCAAUUUUGCGGCACUGAACAUCUCCUCCACUGGCGCGUCAGGCGCAUUGUUUGGCAUUAUUGCUCUGACCCUACUGGACCUGCUUUACUCAUGGAAGGAGAGGCACAACCCUGUCCGCGAGCUCAUGUUCAUCCUGCUGGAGAUAGUCAUAUCCUUUGUCCUGGGACUCCUGCCAGGUCUGGACAACUUUUCUCACAUAGGUGGAUUUCUCAUGGGCUUGUGUCUUGGAAUAUGUGUGCUUCACUCGCCAAACUUUCUUCGUAGGAAGAUUGGCGAGGACCACUUCACCGGACCGUCAUAUUCUACUGUGAGUUCCCACAAUAAUGGCAUUUCCAGUGUCGCCUUUCCCCCAUUCCUCAGGAAUCCGGUCGGCUUCUUCAAGGGAAGAAAAGGCCUGUGGUGGGCUUGGUGGCUGGUUCGAGCUGGCUUCCUUGUCGGCAUUAUUGUCGUCUUUAUUGUGCUCUUGAACAACUUUUACACAUAUCAAAAUACUUGCAGUUGGUGCAAGUAUCUUAGUUGUUUGCCUGUUAAUGGAUGGUGUGACCAAAACAGCCCAUUUAGCUCGUAA